AUGACCUUCUCAUGCUUCCUCAAGGUCAGCAGCAGCAGCAGUAGCAGCCGCAGUAGAAGUAGCAAUAGCAGAGGCAGUAGAAGUAGCAGAGGCAGUCGCAGCAGUAGCAGUAGCAGAGGAAGUAGCAGUAGCAGCAGAGGUAGUAGCAGUAAUAGUAGCAGAGGAAGUAGCAGAAACAGUAGCAGCAGCAGUAGAAUUAGCAGAGGUAGUAGCAGUAGCAGCAGUAGAAGUAGCAGCAGCAGUAGCAGCAGAGGCAGGGCAGUAGCAGCAGUAGAAGUAGCAGAGGAAGUAGCAGAAACGGAGGCAGUAGCAGCAGAAGUAGUAGUAGCAGAGGCAGUAGAAGUAGCAGAGGAAGUAGCAGACACAGAGGCAGUAGCAGAGGCAGUUGCAGUAGCAGCAGAAGUAGCGUUUGCAUAG